AUGCACACGGACGACGACGACCCCACAAACAAGAAAAAAGACAAAAUCGACACGUCGCCAGACGAUCCUGCAGUAAAAGUAAACAUAGAAUCUCCCAAAAAAGACACGAAAGAAGAUCCCAAGCCCCGUAUUGUUUUAACGUUUCGCUCUGAUAAAUCAGGUGCUAAAAACAGCAAUAUGAAAAUUGUUUGUACAGAGGAAAAACACGAAGAAGCACCUAGACGUUCGAAUAGAAAUCGCAAUGCUAAGUGGGAAUCCGACGAUGAAGACUCCCCCAAGAAAGAUAAAAGCCAAGUGGCUUCAGAGAGUGAUGAAACAUCUGACAGUGUGAAGCCGAAACAUUCCGCUCGAAGACGUGGUAAAGAAGGAUCAGAUGUCUUAGCCAACGCUAUUGCUAGAAAGGAGAAGUAUAAUGAAGCUGCAAGUACAUCAACUAGGCUAUCCCGUAGGAUAAAACCCACAGCUAAAGCAUUAGCUAAUGAGGAGUUACGUAUGUAUGUAGAGCUACAAAACAAUUCUCGGUUAGGCAUUACAGAUAAAUCCCCUGAAGAGGGAGUCAAGACUAGGAGGUCAGCUCAAAAGGUGGAUCACAGUAAGAAAAUGGAAGAUAGUACAGGAGAGGAUAGUGAUAAUUCAGAGAUGAAACUAAAACAUCUUUGUGGCUUGGGUUUAAAAUCUGUUGAAAUGAAAACAGAUGAGGAAUCUGUAGAAGGUGAAGCAGAAAACAGGGAGUCUGAAAGAGAGAAUGAAGAAGGAGAAGAUGAUGAUACAGAGGUGAUUGUAAAGCUUCUUGAGGCAGAUGAAGACAGUGGCAGUGUCAGUAGUGGAGAUUACUUCCUAUGUUCUAGUGCAUCACAGGUUGAUAAACCUCGUCGUUCGAGAAGGCUCUGCUCUAUGUAUGGCACUAAUGAUAGUGAUCAUUCCUCUCCUAUAUUAAUUGAUGAAGAACCAUUGGUUACAACACGAAGAAAAUCUAGAAGAGCAAAUACACGUCCUAAUGAAGAUCAUGAAAGAACCCCAGCAUCUAAAAAGCAAAGAACGAAUUCUUCUGCUGCUGAGGAUGAUGAGGAUCAGGAGGAAAAUAGUAAUUCGGCGCCCGCUGAUGAAGGCCCAGCUGCAGCUAGUCCUACUGGAUCCAGCACUGUGUUCGCUACUUGCACCUGUGAAGAAACCACCAGCAAUAUUCAUGCUUUAGCUUCUGAUUUAAUUGAACCAGUAUUCUGUCAAGCGAUAGAGAUAGUCGACGGCCUAAGGGUAGGAUGUUCUCACAAAGCGCCCCGCGACGAUGAAGGAAACUUAUUGCCAUUGCGUAGAUCUGGUGCUAGGGCUCCAUAUUUAAUACUAUGCAAACUGCAUUUGGCGCAAAUGGAAAAACAUAUGUGCUGCCCCGCCUGUGGACUCUUCUGUACACAGGGCUCUUUCUACCAAUGUUCGGAAAAUCACUUAUUCCACCUGGAAUGUGGUGUUCCAUACGGGGAAUCUCGUUCCCCUGGCUGUCCGCAUUGCGGCGUACUUGCCUUCCCUUGGCGAGCAUAUAAUACAAGCGCACGAAAAAUUCAACUGACAAUGCAUUGCUCGAAUAAACGUGUUUAUUUGCCGGAUCAGAGGGAACAUUGCACUCCAGCAUACCUAAGUUUUACACCCAUAGAAGAGUCGAAAGUGGACCGGGGACCAAUAUUCCCUGAGGAUCUUGUACCUCUUUUGCCAGAUUUGGAAAAAAUGUGUGAAUCUGUCGAUUUUGAGUCUGGUGACUGCAUGGCUUUUAAGCUAUAUGAAGGAAUUAUUGCAGAAGAGAAUGUGGAGUUGUUAAUACCGAAAAUUGUGAAAACCGAACUGAACACGCCAAUAGCGGACAUAGAAGGCGGGACGUGUACGCACGCGGCGGCAGUUAGCGGACAACUGGGGGCUUUAUAUCUUCUGCAGUACGCGGGAGCCGAUUUGGACGCAGUAGACAAUUUAUCACGCACGCCGCUUAUGAGGGCUGUUUUGGCUUUAUUAGAAAAGGAGCCCGAAGAAGUUGAUACAGCAAUCAAAGAAAACGUAGAAGUGAAAAAAGAAGGUGAUGAAGAUAAGACUGAAGAGGCCAUGGCUGUUGAUGAUGUGGUCAAAGAGGAUGAAAAGAAGGUCAAUAAAGAUGAUGUUAUGAGGGUCAUCAGGUUUCUUCUGGCUGCAGGUUGUGAUCCUAAUUUACAGGGACCGGAAGGCAUGACAGCUCUGCAUAUGGCGGCACAACAUGGCGGAGUAGAUGUUUGCACACUGCUAAUAGAUGGGGGUGGUCACGUGGAUGCAAAAGAGCAAGGCGGCUGGACACCACUUGUUAGAGCCGCUGAGAACUGUCACCCGCAAGUUGUCAGAUUAUUGCUCCAACGCGGCGCAGACGCCUCUUCAACAGACUGCGAAGGAAACGGUGUAAUUCAUUGGUGUGCGCUGUCGGGAGAUGGAGCCUCUCUGCAAUUAUUGCUGGAUGCUGCGCCGCACGUCGUUAAUACGGCUAAUGCACACGCUGACACACCACUCCAUAUCGCAGCGAGAGAGGGCCAUUACCCGUGUGUGGUUAUUCUGCUGGCGAGAGGCGCAAGGACCGAUAUUGAGAAUUCAAGCGCUGAACUUCCAAUCCACGUGAGUUCCGGCACUUGUCGAAGCUCCAUCGUUGUUUAUAUGAAGGUGGCUUUGGCUACGGGAGGACCGUUCACCAAAUACCGAUUACUUACAAGUGAUAUAUCAAACGGCCGUGAACCGUAUCCAGUGCCAUGUGUGAAUGAAGUGGAUGAUGAGCCGUUGCCGAGCGACUUCACUUAUGUGUCGCGGCACAUACACACGGAACAGAUAUACAUUGACAACACGGUGCAGGUGGCUCAGAGCUGUGAAUGCACAGACGGGCGAUGCAUAGGCACAUGUGCGUGUGGUAUAUUGAGCGUUCGUAGCUGGUAUGUGGGUGACAGACUGACGCCGUCGUUCCCGCACCACGACCCACCUAUGAUCUUUGAGUGCAAUCAUACGUGCACGUGCAACGUGAAUCGUUGCACCAACCGCGUUGUAGGUCGUCUACAAACGCGUGGAUCGAUCGGGUGUCCAGUGCAAGUGUACCGAACUGUUCAUCGUGGUUGGGGCCUUCGUACGCGACAUCGUGUCAAACGCGGGGCCCUGGUUGUGCUAUAUUGUGGGGAACUACUCUCUUGCCCGACGGCAGAUGCCAGGGCAAUGGACCAAUAUAUGUUUGCCUUGGAUGUUAAGCAGGAUUUAAUUGAACAAUGUAACGACCAGACGCAGCUAUGCGUUGACGCGGCAAAAUAUGGCAGUGCGGCGCGCUUCAUAAACCACAGCUGUCGGCCGAAUCUUGCUCCCGUACGAGUGUUCACAGAGUGUAGAGAUCUACGCUUGCCAACUGUAGCUCUGUUUGCUUUGACUGAUAUAGCCGCAAUGGAGGAACUCACAUUUGACUAUGGUGACAAGUUUUGGUCUGUAAAAGCGAAGUGGAUGAAGUGUGAAUGUGGCACACUAGAAUGCAGAUAUCCUACAAUAUCAACUCCUGAAGACAUAGAUGCAUAA